AUCAGGGAACAAAAACCGAUCGGAAUCGCAAAUGGCUGUUUGCGGUGUGACCUCUAUAAGUUGAGUCGAUAUUUUGCAGAAUUAACAAAAACGACGGCAAAUCGGUGCGUGGCGUGCUUCGAUCCCCAUCCAUCCGUCAGUUUCACAGCGUAAAAUGCCCGAAAACACCGUAUUUUCACGUUAAAUCGCUACUUUGUGCGGGUGUGGCCCUUCCAUCAGAUAAACAAAAUUAGUCAUCGGAGGUGGCGUGGCCCCACUCCCGGGACCUUUUUGACAGUUGCCCACUAAAUCGAACGAAUAAUGUCAACAGUGUAGUGUGUGUAACCGAUUUUGAAUAAAAAUGAGCUCGAAUAACGUAAAUACGACGGUUCCCACCACUCAAGUAACCGCCACUAUCAAGAGCCGUCCGAACAUCAUGCCCAGCAGUUACAUGUACACUUCGAGCAGCGCACUUUUGAACCGAAACACCGACAACAAACCCACACCGCCGCCCACACUGCCCAAAUACACAUCCAGCUUUAAUGCAGGCAGUGGUCUGAACCGCGAAAGGGACAAGGACUCGAUUGGGGGCUCCUACAGGCUCUCCAGCCUGGACCGGCUCGCGAUGCGCCAGAAAUUCAUGGAUCAACAGCAGCAGCAGAGCCCCACUAAUGGGGCCACGCAGCCCCAAAUCAAUGGCGACACCAACAGUGUCUCCAGUCUACAGAACAAGAGGGAAAUGUUCUUUUCCAGCUCUGCCACCGCAGGUGCAGAGCCCCACAACAAGGACACGAACCGCCUGAACAAAACGCCGAGUACGGAAAAACCUGCGGUUCCUGAACGCAAGGAGACUGUGAGCGAGGGCAGCCACGCAAAGGACCCCAAAGAAGAGUCGAGCAAAGAAUCUAGUCCGGAAAUAGUGAAGGAGCGGCCCAGAGUGAAGGAGCUGGACGGAUAUGUGGGCUUCGCCAACUUGCCCAAUCAAGUCUACCGGAAGGCGGUGAAAAAGGGCUUCGAGUUCACCCUGAUGGUGGUGGGCGAGUCCGGCCUGGGCAAAAGCACGCUGAUCAACUCGAUGUUUUUGACGGAAAUUUACAAUGCGGCCGACUAUCCAGGGCCGACGCAGCGCCUGAAGAAGACCGUCGCGGUCGAAACGACGCGAGUAAUGCUCAAGGAGAACGGAGUGAACCUGCUGCUCACCAUGGUGGAUACCCCGGGAUUUGGGGACGCUGUGGACAACAGCAACUGUUGGGCGCCAAUCAUCGAGUUCAUCGAGAGCAAGUACGAAGACUAUCUGAACUCGGAGGCGCGAGUGACGCGCAAAGUGUCCCCGGACUAUCGGGUGCAUUGCUGUCUCUAUUUCAUCCAGCCGUCUGGACACGGACUCAAGUCCCUCGACAUCGAGUUCAUGAAAAGACUGUGCGACAAAGUGAACAUUAUUCCUGUUAUUGCCAAAGCCGAUACGCUCACGUCGGAAGAGUGCGCGCUGUUCAAGAAGCAGAUCAUGACCGAGAUUGCGUUGCAUAAAAUCAAAAUCUACGAGUUCCCUGAGACGUGCGAAGAGGACGAGGAACACAAGCUCAACAAGUCCCUGAAGGAGCGCGUCCCGUUUGCAGUUGUGGGCUCGAAUGCGGUGAUUGAAGCCGAUGGGAAAAAGACGCGAGGCAGGCGCUACCCAUGGGGGAUCGCCGAGGUGGAAAAUCUGGAACACUGCGACUUUCUGGCGCUGCGCAACAUGGUGAUCCGCACGCAUCUGCAGGACUUGAAGGACGUCACCAACAACGUCCACUAUGAAAACUACCGCUGCCGCAAGCUGGCAGGACUGGGGGCCGAUGGGAAGCCUUCCAGGAUCUCCAACAAGAACCCGCUGGCCCAAAUGGACGAGGAAAAGCGGGAGCACGACGCCAAAAUGAAGAAAAUGGAGAUGGAAAUGGAGCAGGUGUUUGAAAUGAAGGUGCGCGAAAAGAAGCAGAAGCUCAAAGACUCAGAGAGCGAGCUGACCAGGCGUCACGAGGCCACGAAGAAGCAGCUGGAGCAGCAGGCCAAAGAGCUGGAGGAGAAGCGGCGCCAGUUCGAAAUGGAGAAAGAGAGCUGGGAGAAGGAGAACCAGGUAACUAUUGAAGACUUGCGCCGCCGCAGCCUGGAGGGCUCCAGGGAGACCGUCGACGGCAAGAAGGAGAAGAAGAAGAAGGGCCUGUUCUAGGCCGGCAAGCGAACCAGGACAGUCAAGUUGUAUAAAUAUUCCUCUCAAUAUCGUGUAUUUAUUAUAUUGGCAACAUACUGCUAGGACUUGAGGACUCUGCCUGAGGUGCACCGCCACCUUUCCUCCAGCUUCGUAAUUUAAGAUUUUAUAUUAUAUUAAUUGUGUAAUUUGGGAUCACUGCAUAGCGAAUCCUGGAAAUAUAUCUCGUCGUAACUAGUUGAAAAGGCUGCUGGUUUUACUGGUUUUUUGUGGACAAGCUGAUUCCCUAUUUUGGUUAACUUUUUGUUAGUCACUUCGACUGUUCGUUUACCAAUGAUUCACACAUUCCUAUUUUGUACUUUUCUACUUUCGCCUAGAGGUAAUGAAAUUAAACUGCCACAAACCACCGAUGAUAGUCUAGAUUAAGUAGCGUCGUUCAGCAUUUAAAAUUAAGAAUGUUUGUAUGUAAAGGCCAUGAACUACUAUUGAUGGGCCUUAAUCGAAUCAUAAUCAAUAAUAAUGCGAUUACAGCCUUGAUUUAGGACUUUAGGCUUGUUUGGCCUCAUGAGACAGACUUAAUCUGUUUGUGCCAUUGCAGUACCAUUUUUUAGACGGAAAAGACGCUGAAUUGUUGUAAAAUAGAUUUAAAGCAGAUUUCUAAAUAUAUUUAUUUUUAAUUUCUGUA